AAUGUUCCCCAAAGCCGACAAGACAGCAGGGCUGGGGAUCUCUCACGUUAGCUGUUUAUUACUGAAAGCAAUACAAACGUCUGGACAUAUACGGCAAAAUACGUUACCUUAUUCACCACGAUUAUGAGUGGUUCAAAAGGCACCAGAUCCAAGGACUUGUGGAAAUCGAUGAACACAAUGUAGCAGGUUUUACUCUAAAUCUUCAAACUUUCUGUGACGUUUUAAAGAGUCUCAACCUGUCCCACACGUUGCUCACAGAGCAGAAGCCAGCCUGCUCCUUCCUCAUCAAGCCACGAGUCUCCAGAACGGACAAAAUAUCAGUGGUGACUGCCCGAAGCAGCACCUAAGGCCACUGAAAUCAGUAGAAUCCUUGGGUAGUUCUGGGUCUUAUUUGUGAAGAGACACUACAAUUGCCCUCUGGACACAGGCAGAGAGGAGGGAGAGCGUAUCUCAGAGAGAGAUCUGACGUUCUCCAUUUCAAAACGGGUCAAAACCGUGACCGUGUGGUGGAGUUUUGUACAAGUUGAAUUUUGUGUAUGGUGGAGCUCGGGAGACCAGCUCGCAGGGCACUGGAACGGUCCAGCUGGGGAGUAAAGAAGCUGUGGUCUGCAGAUCUUCCUCCUCGCCCAACCUCCACCGACACAGCUCUCCAGUCUUCUGAACCUAAACAUCUCCUCCUCGUCCUCCAAAUGAAGCAACUUUUGGCUUUCCUCCUUGUGUUGUUUGUGGAGAGAAAGACGCUGGAAUCUGCAGAGAGUGUGAGGCUGGUGAAUGGCGGCAGGCCGUGUUCCGGGAGAGUGGAGGUUUACCACCGUGGAAAAUGGGGUACAGUGGGUGACUAUCGUUAUGGUCCGACCUGGGAUAUGGAGGCCGCGGCAGUGGUGUGCAAGGAGUUGGGAUGUGGAGCCGCGCUGUCAGCAUCAAGAGAUGCUCACUUUGGCGAAGGCUCAGGAGGAACUCACUUUGGAAGGGGCUCAGGUCCCAUUGUAACGUAUGGUGUUCGGUGCAGAGGGAACGAGUCUGCCCUGAGGGAUUGUCACUCAAGGACCUGGGCUCACUAUUAUGGGUCACUUUCGUAUGAGGUCAGCGUCAUCUGCUCAGAUCCACUCCAGAAACCCACCAUUUUACUGAGGUCAGGAUACCGGUUGUUUGCGAAAGGGGAAAGCGCUAACAUCUCAUGUUCUGGGAUUUAUCCUGGCAGCAAUUUCGCUUUACACAGAGAUGGCGAAUUUAUCACAUCUCAACCAGCUACAGAGAGUAGCAACACAGCCACAUUCACUCUAUCGGAUAUCAGGGCAGGAAAUUACUCGUGUAAAUAUACUACGUGCAUAGACGGCGCACAGUUCAAAUCACCAGAGAGCGAGCGAGUGGGAAUCUCUGUGUGGGAUCCGCUCCAGAAAACCAUCAUUUCCCUGAAGCCUGAUUCCCGUGUGUUUGUGAGAGGGGAAAGUGCUGAGAUCUCAUGUUCUGGGAAUUAUCCUGCCAGCAAUUUCUCUUUAUACAGAGACGGCGAGUUUAUCAAAUCACAACGUGCUCCAAAGAAUAACAAGACGUCAACUUUCACCGCAUUGGAGAUAAUUGCAGGAAACUACACGUGUAUAUAUACUAAACAAAUAGAUGGCCGAGAGUUCACAUCACGAGAGAGCGAGCGAGUGGGAAUUUCUUUGUCGGAUGCGCUUCAGAAACCCACCAUUUCCCUGAUACCAAAUUCCCAUAUGUUUGUGAGAGGGGAAAGAGCUCAAAUCUCAUGUACUGGGAAUUAUGUUGGCAGCAAUUUUGCUUUAUACAGAGAUGGCGAGUUUAUCACAUCAAAACGAGCUCCAGAAAAUAACAAUGCGGCCACGUUCCCUCCAACGGAGUUGAUUGCAGGAAACUACACUUGUAAAUAUACUGCAUACAUUGAAGGACGAGAGAUCACAUCUCCAGAGAGCAAGCGAAUGGGAAUCUCUGUGUGGGCUAACUGGACCGGACUGCAAACUGUAGGACUGGCUUUGGGGAUUGUCACUGCGUUAAUGGUCACUGCGUUUAUACUGGGAUUAUGUGUGUAUAAGAGAGGUAAACAGAACAGUCCAAGAGGGGAAAGGAAUUUAGUCACGGGCGACGUCCCACAAACCAGCAACGUUACAUGUGAGUGA